AUGAAAGCUUUCACCAAGCAGACAGCGACGAGUCUACGCGCGCCCGCCCUAGAGCAGGCGCCCGCACAAACGCAGGAGACGUUGCUUUCUGAGUCUGCCUCACCUCGAAGGCGUGUGCAAGAUGCAGAAGGGCCCUCCCGUCGUGUGCGCGCGGAGGUGGCCUCGGAGUCUCCGCGAUCGAUUUCGGUGGCUUCUCUAGAACGCUGUCAGCCGUCCGAAGUAGUCAGUGGCUGUUUUUCUCCUUCUCUUUCUCCUUCCUCGUCUCUUCGUCUCCCCGCGGCUGCCUCGGGUUCACGCGGUGCCCUCGCCGCAGCCUGCGUCCGUUCAGCUCCUCGACCUCGUCCGGUUCAUCUCUCUCUGUUCGGCUUCUCCUCUUUCAUGAUCCUGUUUUGCCUCUCCGCUCACGCGAUGCGAGUGGUGCUUCACGGCGACGCCAUCGUUCCGUCCUUCUCGAAGGGCGGGCCCUCUGCGCCGUUCGUUCUUGACCGACCGAGUGUAUCGCGGUCGCUGUCGCCUUCUUCGCCGUCGUCGUCGUCCGCCUCUCCCCCCACGUCUGUGCCUGCGGCGUCUGUCUAUUUCUUGGCGGCCUCGAAUGCGUCCGUGUCCGCGCCUUCCGCCGCGCAUGCGCCUUCUUCAGUGCGGUCGCCCUUCUGCACCUUGGGGUCGGACCCCGCGGACGCGGCUCCAAGCGCCAGGGGCAGGUGGAGGGGCAGCCGGGAGGCGGCGCUGCACACGUCGCCUCUGUGCUUCGCGGUCGCGCCCUCUACAUCGCUCGCCGCCGACGACUCUGAACAGCGUCUUUCGCCGCCGCGUCUGUCUUCCGCGUCGCCAGCUGUCGGGCUCUCCUCUCCGUCGCCAGCUGCGCCUCGGGGUUCCCUCGAAACCCGUCUGUCCGCAGCGUCGCCUCCUGCGGCGCCUGAGGCCCUGGCGUCUUCUCCGGAUGCGGGCAGCCAGCAGCGCGCGGGGAUUGAACUGCUGCUGUCGAAGCCUCGCGGCUUCUGCGCCGGCGUCUCGCGCGCCAUCGGCAUCGUCGAGGAAGCGCUGCGCAUAUGGGGCCCGCCUGUGUAUGUGAAGCAUAGCAUCGUCCACAACGAGGUCGUCUGCGACGCGAUGCGAAAAAAAGGAGCUGUCUUCGUUGAGGAGAUCUCGGAAAUCCCUCCGGGAGCCGUCGCUGUCUUCUCCGCUCACGGCGUCUCUCCUGCGGUCCGAGCGGAGGCCGAGGCCCGCGGGCUCCGAGUCGUCGACGCGACGUGCCCGCUGGUAACCAAAGUCCACGUCUACGUCAAGCAAAAGGCAGAGCAGGGCUACCACAUUGUUUUGAUUGGUCAUAAAAACCAUGUUGAGGUCAUUGGCACCAAAGGCGAGGCGCCAGGCGCCGUCACUGUCGUGGAGAGCGUGGCGGACGUCGAGGAGUUGUCCUUUCCGCCGACGCAGAAGCUGUUUUAUGCAACGCAGACGACGCUCAGCCUCGACGAUUGCGCCGCGAUCCGGAAAGCCCUCGUGGAGAAGUACCCGCACAUUGAGUCGAUUCCGAGUGGCUCCAUCUGCUACGCGACGACCAACCGCCAGACCGCGCUCCAGCGCCUCGCGCCAGAGACCGACCUCACAAUCGUCGUCGGAAGCGAGGCGUCCUCAAACGCAAAUCGUCUCGUCGAAACUGCGAAAAACCGCGGAACUGAGGCUUACUUGGUGAACGAUCCGAGCGCCAUCGACCCCCGGUGGCUUGAGAACGUCUCACGCGUGUCGCUCACUUCAUCGGCGUCGACCCCAGAAACAACGACUGCCGCAAUUGUCGAGCGCCUCCGGAAGCUUGGUGUCUCGGUUGUGUCGGAGCGCGAGGAAAUUCUCGAGAGGGUGCCGAUGUGGAAAUUUCCAAAGAACUUGCAAGAAGCAGCGAAGAAGAAACUUGAAGAGGAAAACCAGAAGACAGACCAAGAAGCGCCCGUCUGCAGUGAUGUUUAG